AUGACUGCUUCAUCUUUUGGUGCUCAGUCAGAAGAUGCCACAAAACGAAAGGAACAAAAGCCACCCGGAGGCAUUUCAGCGGCACCUGAACAUGGCCCUACUGAGAAUAAUGCACAGACAGAUUAUACUCGCGAUACAGAGAAAGAUGAUACUCAAGCCAAGACUUCUAGUCAUACACAGAAUAACUCUGAGCAAGCUGCAGAGUUAACAACAUCAGAUGUUACUAUAAAAGAUUACGAUGAUGGUGAUAAAUUGGCAGCUGUGGAUCAAUCAACUGAACGUUACACGAGAGCGCAGAAGACCUCGAAGCCAGCUGCUCCUCGCCCUCCCCCUCCUGCCUUCGCUUUCGACGGCGACGACGACGAGGAUGAUAUCGAGAGGGAAAUCUCACGGCAGGCGUCCAAGAACAAGUCUCUCCGGAAGAUCGAGGAGCAACACAAAAAGGCAAUGGAAGAGGAUCCCUCGGUCUUCGACUACGACGGGGUUUACGACGAGAUGAAAGGGAAGAUUGCGCACCCCAAGGUUAAAGAUCGAACGGAGAGAAAGUCAAAGUAUAUAGAAACACUUAUGGAGAAAGCAAAACAACGUGAGGGGGAUCAUGAAAUUGUAUAUGAGAGGAAGCUGCUGAAAGGGAGGAGCAAGGAUGAUCACCUUUUUGUGGAUAAGGAAAAGUUUGUAAUCAGUGCCUACAAGAAAAAGAUAGCAGAACAAGAAAAAUGGUUGGACGAAGAGAGGCUGCGCCAAAUUCGUGAAGAAAGAGAUGAUGUAACCAAGAAGAGUGACUUGAGCGAUUUUUACUUUGGGCUCGGUGAGAAUGUAGCUUUUGAGAAAGAUGAUACCCAAGCCAAGACUUCUAGUAAUACACAGAACAACUCUGAGCAAGCUUUAGAGUUAACAACAUCAGGUGUUACUGUAAAAGAUUACGAUGAUGGUGAUAAAUUGGCAGCUGUGGAUCAAUCAACUGAACGUUACACGAGAGGUGAUGACGCAUUGGCUUCAGCAAGAGAGCGUUUUUCUAACUCGAAAGAGAGCAAGACAGCAGUUGGAAAGCAAUUGUUUCGUCUCUAUUUAACACUUAUAUCUGGAGUUAAAAUUGGUAUUCUCUGA